UCCCCACUUCCCUCUGCUCGUGGUCUCUCUCCUGAGUUCAAAGUUGAGCUUCUUCUUCUUCUCCUCUCCUCCUGAUCUUCCCCUUUCUCUCUGACUUUCACUUUGACUCUGAUCCAGAUACUCAAUCUCUCGAGAUACCCGAUACCCUUUUAAACAUUUUAUUCUUCCUUAAUCUAAUCCUGUCGAGGUUGCUUCCUUCUUUUCAGGACCUCGCUGCUGUCGCUCUCUGUUCUUUGCUUUCUCCGUCACUGUCGACUUACGUUACUCCAACGCAUUCCACCACGUAACAGCUUCUCAAUACCGCAAUCAUGAAGGGUACGCUUUAUCUGGCCAAUCUCAACCUCUCCAGUAGCUAAAAUUGUUUAGGACUUAUUCUUGUCGGCGGCUUUGGCACUCGCCUUCGCCCUCUCGUACGUUACCCCUCAGGCGCGCGAAACUCCUGUGCACCCCUCCAAUAUUUGUUUUGUGUGUGACUGACAUGUUGUGGCGCAUUACAGACCCUCACUCUCCCCAAGCCUCUUGUCGAGUUCGCCAACAAGCCCAUGAUUGUGCACCAGAUUGAGGCGCUGGUCGCAGCGGGUGUCACUGAUAUCGUUCUUGCUGUCAACUACAGACCUGAGAUCAUGGAGAAGUUCUUGGCUGAGUACGAGGAGAAGUACAACAUCAACAUCGAAUUCUCCGUGGAGACUGAGCCCCUCGACACCGCCGGACCUCUGAAGCUUGCUGAGAGCAUUCUCGCUAAGGACGACUCUCCCUUCUUCGUCCUCAACUCCGAUGUCAUCUGUGACUACCCCUUCCAGGACCUCCUGGCUUUCCACAAGAACCACGGCAAUGAGGGUACUAUUGUCGUCACCAAGGUUGAGGAACCCUCCAAGUAUGGUGUUGUUGUCCACCAGCCCGGUCACCGCUCUUUGAUCGACCGAUUCGUCGAGAAGCCCGUCGAGUUCGUUGGCAACCGUAUCAACGCCGGCAUGUACAUCUUCAACACUUCCAUCCUCGACCGUAUCGAGCUCCGCCCGACUUCUAUCGAGAAGGAGACCUUCCCCGCUAUGGUCAAGGAUAAUCAGCUCCACUCUUUCGACCUUGAGGGCUUCUGGAUGGACGUUGGGCAGCCCAAGGACUUCCUCAGCGGUACAUGCCUGUACCUCUCUUCCCUCACAAAGAAGGGCAGCAAGGAGCUCACUCCUCCCACUGAGCCCUACGUUCACGGUGGAAAUGUCAUGAUCCACCCCUCUGCCAAGAUUGGCAAGAACUGCAGGAUCGGGCCCAAUGUCACAAUCGGUCCCGAUGUCGUUAUUGGUGACGGAGUCCGCCUGCAACGAUGCGUGUUGCUCCGCGGCUCCAAGGUCAAGGACCACGCCUGGGUCAAGUCCACCAUCGUCGGCUGGAACAGCACCGUUGGCCGAUGGGCUCGCCUCGAGAACGUGACAGUUCUCGGCGACGAUGUCACAAUUGGCGAUGAGAUCUACGUCAACGGUGGCAGCGUUCUCCCUCACAAAUCUAUCAAGGCUAACGUCGACAUUCCUGCCAUUAUCAUGUAAGGAUCGAUCUAACGAACCACCACCUUAUUCGAAGCUUGUUGGAGGACACACCAGCGAGAUUUCUCAUCUGUGUUUUAAUCUCAAACGACAACGACGAAGAAGAAGUCAAGAAGCAAAAUUCACCACUCUGGCUGGGGAGAUGUGCUGGCCACCAUUCUAUACCAUGGAGGCGGGGCAGGAGAAAAUCAAGAGCCUGUCGCUCUCUCUAUCUUAAUACUUUUGUGCAAUUGUCUAAUGCCCCUUUAUGCGUGUUUAUCUGGCGUCUAGGUCGAUAUUUACAGAGGGAGGGCAGGCAGGCAAGCCAUGGAAGGACAAAAACAGGGCAGUUGGGCAGGCAGGGUCCAUGGCAGCUUUCUGAGGCAGUCAUGUUAAAUGUCUAUGUUACAGUUAUUUCUAUUAAAGAAGGUGGCUCAAUACCAUUUUGGAACUUUACAAUAUUCCGCUUCCCUUGUGAGAUGUGUUAACAUUGCCCAGCAAGA